GACCGACAAAGAGCGUGCUCAACGCGCUUUCUUUCUCAUCAGUGUCAUCACUGCGACUCCAUGAGCCGUUCUUCUCGUUUCCAAUUCGUCGCCACCAUGUCGUAUCGCUCUGCUAGAAGAGGACGUGGUAGAAACCAGAGUAGAAGCUUUUCAGAUGGAUCUAACAACGGAUGGAGAGGACAGUUCGUUACUGGAGACUCGCACAUCCGUUCCGUCCGUGACUCUAACCUUAGCCACCGUCAAGGAAGCUUCUCCAACCAGCCACUUCAGCAACCGCCGCCGUUCAAUCCAAACCAACAGUAUCGUUAUCCUCCUCCACAGUCUAAUCAAAAUCAACAGUUACGUUAUCCUCCUCCACCGUUUUACCAAAAUCAACAGUCCCGUUAUCCUCCUCCACCGUUUUACCAAAAUCAACAGUCCCGUUAUCCUCCUCCACCGCUUUACCAAAAUCAACAGUCCCGUUAUCCUCCUCCACCGUUUUACCAAAAUCAACAGUCCCGUUAUCCUCCUCCACCGUUUUACCAAAAUCAACAGCCCCGUUAUCCUCGUCCAUCGUUUAAUCAAAAUCAAGCAGUGCGGCCCCACCGUCCCAAGCCAUUGGAUUAUCGGACAUGGGAGUACGCCAAGGUGCCGCUGCCUCCUAACUCUGAGCGAUUUGUAAUUCUCUCGUAUAAUUUACUGGCUGACUAACUUGCUAUUGAUCACCGGGGCAAACUUUACUAUCCUACCGCGUCAAAGCUAGACUGGGAGUGGAGGAAGAGAAGUAUAAUGUUGAAUGGAUUAUGGUCGGCUGACAUUAUGUGUUUUCAGGAGGUUGAUAAAUUUCAAGACUUAGAGUCAGAGUUGAGGCUUCGAGGGUACAGUGGCAUUUGGAAGAUGCGGACUGGCAAUGCCAUUGAUGGAUGUGCAAUCUUUUGGCGAACAUCAAGAUUCAAGUUGCUGUAUGAGGAAUCCAUCGAGUAUAAUAAGCUCGGACUUCGGGAUAAUGUUGCUCAGAUAUGUGUGCUUGAGAUGUUGGGUCAAGAUUUCAAUAAAAAUGGACCGCCUCUCUCAACAAGUUCGGCAGGUUCUAGUAAAGUUGUCGUCUGUAACAUUCAUGUGCUUUACAAUCCCAAAAGAGGGGAAAUUAAGCUUGGCCAGGUUAGGACGCUUUUGGAUAAGGCUUCUGCUGUUUCGAAGAUUUGGAAUGAUGCUCCAGUUCUUCUUUGUGGGGAUUUUAAUUGUACACCAAAGAGUCCACUAUACAACUUUAUUUCAGAGCAGAAGUUAGAUUUGUCUGGAGUAGAUAGAGAUAAGGUGUCAGGACAAGCUUCUGCUCAAAUUCGUUCAUGGAAGCCAUAUAAUGCUAAUCCGAGGGUCCAGCCUGCUGAUGGUUCAAUACAAGCUCGACCAGUGGUAGGUGAGGGGGAAGUUGGUAUCAAGAUGAGUGAUCCUCUCUCUGGCAUGCAGAAGAACAAUGAAUAUGGCAAUGCUGAAAAUACUCCUUUUUUAAACAACUUGCCUCUAUCUCAGUCCAUUGACACAUUGCCAAAUGUUUCUGAUAAGGCUUGCAGCAAUAUGCUAUGCAUGAAUGAGGAGAGUACCCUCAGUGAUGUGGCGGCAAAUGAAACUGAGCAGACUGUGGUAGAUGGUUUCAAGGAAAGUUCAAGCUGUCUUCACAGUGAAGAUCAGUUUCCUGCUGAUAAACAUUGCAGUAAUGAUGAGAUCCAUAAAUUUUCUCAUUCCAGGCCGUCCCAUCUUGAAGAUAAAUCUGAUUUAACUGAGAUGGGAGACAAAGAAAAAGCAAAUGCCUCCUCACAUCUAAAUCAUGGAUCAUCAAGUGAACAUUCUGCCUCAGAUAUAAUAAUAGAAAGUGAUAGAUCUUGUGAUGACUCUAAACUCGCCCUUGUGGUUAAUGAUCAUAGUAGCAGGGUUGAAUGUAGUCCCGAAGUCAUGAGAGCUUCCAACUCUGAAAUUCUGUCUCUGUCAAGUAUUGGUGUAAAACAGGUUAGCUGUUCAACUUCAGAUCAGCCUGACAUCUCAGGUUCUCCUACUGUUGACUCUCUAGCAUCUGUUGAACUGGAGAAUCUGUUGGUGAGAAACUUAGAUGAAGCAGCUGAUAAACUGGAGAAUCUAUCUAUAAGAACCCCAGAUGAAGCUGCUGAUAAACUGGAGAAUCUAUCUAUGGGAAAUCUAGAUGAAGCUGAAAUAGGUGGAAAUAUAGAUGAAGCUGAAAUAGGUGGAAAUAUAGAUGAAGAUGACACGACAUUUUUAUCUAAAUUACACAACAAUGAAGAUGCCUUUCCUUCUAGUUCUGAUCAGUUUGUAGGAUCUACCUUGGGUGCUUCGUCCGAGGAACUUGGUGAUGAAGUUCUCCAUAAUACUUCUCCUGCCUUGGGUUCUGAGGCUGUUGAUGUGGAGAAUGUGGAGAAUGUAGCUUACGAUCCAUCAUUGUGGACUCCAAAGGAAAUAGCAGCUGCAACAGGCAAUGAAGACUGCACCUUUCUGGAACACCCUCUACAGCUUAAAAGCACUUAUACAGAAGUGGAGGAUUGUACAGGGGCAAGGGAUUCUAACGGAGAGCCCUUGGUGACCAGUUACAAUAGGUGUUUCAUGGGCACAGUUGAUUACAUAUGGCGUUCUAGUGGUAUCCAGACUGUCAGAGUGCUUGCUCCAAUACCAAAACAUGCUAUGCAGUGGACCCCCGGAUUCCCAACAAAGAAAUGGGGCAGUGAUCACAUUGCCUUGGCUUCUGAAGUAGCAAUCGUGAAAGAUUGACAGAUCAUAUUCAUAAUGCUGCUGUUUGGUUGCAAGAUAACUUGUGGCAUUUGUCAACUACUAAAAGGGUUUAGAGAUGCCCAUCGGAUCCCUCGACAUUCAUCUAUGUUGUGUCUUCCAAGGUCAUGCAUCUCAUGGAAAGUCCACAGGUUUCCUUCCAACAAAUAAUUUAGUUAUUCAGUCUCUUGUACAAUUUUUGUAAUGUUAUGUUGCUUAGUUAAUUUGAAAUUUUGAUCAACAUAAUUUUAAUUGGAUCCUUAAUCCACUUUGCUCUUACUAAGAGUAAAAUAUCCAAUCAGUAAGAAGAUUUUUCUUUUU